CAAAACAGCUGCUUGUGAUCCAGCGUGCCGGUUGAAACCCACGCAAAGAGCCGUUAAGUUAAUCAUCAUUUCACAGAAUAUACAAUAUUUUAGAGGAUCUUAAGGUUUGCUGGAGUCAUGCCUGCCAAAAAGAGAGGAAACAGCUUCAGAGUCGCAGACUCGACUACCAUCAAGAAGAGAGCCCGCAGGUCGUCAGUGCUGCCUGAUGUGGAGGCAAAGGUGCGAAAGAUUUCUGAACGCCCUCGUUCUCCAGCUGUCUCCAAAUUGGAUCCCCUCCAGAAGCCUCUGGAGCAGAGAGAAGCUGGGCAAAUUUUCACCGUAGGAGAGAAUCUGACCGGACAACUUGGACUGGACAGUGAUGAAAUUGAUAGCAAGAAGAGGCCUGCCAUUGUUGCAGGCCUCAGCGAAGCUGUGGCGGUUAGCUGCGGCGGCAUGCACACCAUCUGCUUGUUAAAAAAUGGAGAUGUCAUAACAUUUGGUUGCAAUGAUGACGGCGCUCUUGGGCAUAAAACUGGGGAUGACGAUCCAGAGUUCAAACCAGCCAAGGUAGAAUUGCCUGGUAAAGCUAUUCAAGUGACAGCUGGCGACUCGCACAGCGCUGCUCUUCUUGAAGAUGGACGAGUAUUUGCCUGGGGAAGUUUCAGAGAUAGUUCUGGUGUUUUUGGUCUGACAAUGACUGGGAAUUUGAAGGAGGAGACACCAGUUGAAAUGCUCACUGGCAACGAAAUUAUAAAAAUCAGCUCUGGAGACGAUCACUUGGCCAUGCUCAGCUCAGCAGGAAUCGUUUACACAAUUGGCAACGGAGAACAAGGCCAGCUUGGCAGAGUGUCAGAACGCACGGCUUCCAACAAGAGCAGCCGCCAUCACAAAGUCCAGCUUCUCACUCCUCUUCCGGUUGAUUUGCAUGCUCAUAGGAGAGCGUCCUCCAAAAUUAAGUGCUCAAAUGUUUGGACCGGCUCUUGGACUACCAUCUGCCAGAGCGACUCCGACGCAAAGAUUUACGUUUUCGGAUUGAACAACUAUUAUCAAAUAGGUUUGGAGGAAAUAAACAAUCCACAGUAUUUGCCAGCUUUGUCUGAGCGAUUGAGCACAAAGAAAUGGAAAAAGAUUGCUGGUGGCCAGCACCACACACUCUGCUUAGACGAAGAAGGAGUUGUCUACAGUUUUGGCCGCCAGGACUAUGGCCGCCUUGGCCUGGGCCAACAGAAUGAGCCAGUUCGGGAAAUAACUCCAAUCCCAGCUCUGCAGGGCAUCAAGUGCAUUGAUGUUGCUUGUGGCAAUGUGGCGUCUUUCGCUGUCACCGAAGAAGGAAAGGUUUACUCCUGGGGUAUGGGUGGUACUCAUUUGGGAAUCGGUGGUGAUGAACCCGUUGAUGUGUUGGAGCCACAAUUAAUGCAAGGCAAAGCCUUGGAGAAGAAGGCGGUCAUUUCGAUCGGCUCCGGUGGACAACAUACUGCUCUUGUGGCCAGAGAGGUCCCCGAAAACCCAGCUUAAAGCAGAUUAUUUUAUUUGCUUGCUUAUACAGUGCCUUUGAAAGCAAAAUUUAUACAUCAGCUUAAUUUUUAAUUUCAAUUUAAGAAGUUUUACUUAGGGUCAUUUCGAUUUAGGGUAAAGCCUGUUGAGCCUGGAUUUCGGGAGUUUAUUGGCAGGCGUUCAUGAAGCUGCCUCUUCACCGCUGGUGCUCAUUAACAAAUCAUCAAAUUAUCCAAACCACUUAUGACAGUUCGUUGUGACAUACAUCAACUUGUAUCAUCUCAAUAAAUCUUUCAUGAAGCAUACAAAA